AGGAGGAGGAGGCGGCGGCGGUAGUGGCGGCGGAGGGGGAAGGAGCGAGGCUACGGAUCCCGUGCAGCGGCAGCAGGAGGAGCUGGAGCAGCGGCGGCUGCUCUGGGCUGUGGGCUCGUGCGUUUUCGCAGCCGAGUUCAUGCUCGCCGUCUAGCCGUCCUCUCGUUAUCCUCCCCCCCUUCCUUUUUUUUUUUAAACUGCAGUUUUUCUCUCUCCCCCCGUUUAUUCUCUUGGCCAUUAAUUCUAAUAAAGGAGAGGCGUGAUUGACAUCAAGAAGGGGGGGUUAAAAAAAUCCGGAGGAGGGAGGAGGAGCGGCGGCGGCAGAGCAGAAGGAAAAGGAGCGGCGGCAGGAGGCGAAAAGCGUCAAGUCGACCCGCAGCCGAGCCCUCCAGGACCCGGAGACGUUGCGCGCUCGGUCGGGCUUGCUGCAGCCGCCGCCUUCAGCUUUGUGUCUGGUGCGUGCGAGGGAGAAGCGAGCCGCGCCUCUGCCUUCCUCUCCGCCUCCUCUUCCAGGCUGCUGGAAAUGUCUGAACAGAAGGCGCUGGAUCCGAAGUUAUCGACGACGGAGAGGGUGGUGAAAGCUGUCCCAUUUCCUCCAAGCCAUCGGCUCACAGCGAAGGAAGUGUUUGACAAUGAUGGAAAACCUCGAGUGGAUAUCCUAAAGGCACACCUUAUGAAGGAAGGAAGGCUGGAAGAGAGUGUUGCUUUGAGAAUAAUAACAGAGGGUGCUUCAAUUCUCCGUCAGGAAAAAAAUUUGCUGGAUAUAGAUGCCCCAGUCACAGUUUGUGGGGACAUUCAUGGACAAUUCUUUGAUUUGAUGAAGCUCUUUGAAGUGGGAGGUUCUCCUGCCAACACACGGUACCUUUUUCUAGGCGACUAUGUUGACAGAGGGUACUUCAGUAUUGAAUGUGUGCUGUACUUGUGGGCCUUGAAAAUUCUUUAUCCCAAAACACUGUUUUUACUGCGUGGGAAUCAUGAAUGUAGACAUUUAACAGAGUAUUUCACAUUUAAACAAGAAUGUAAAAUAAAGUAUUCAGAACGUGUGUAUGAUGCCUGCAUGGAUGCCUUUGACUGCCUUCCCUUGGCUGCUCUGAUGAACCAACAGUUCCUGUGUGUGCAUGGUGGCCUCUCUCCAGAGAUCAGCACUUUAGAUGACAUCAGAAAAUUAGAUCGAUUUAAGGAACCACCUGCGUAUGGACCUAUGUGUGACAUCCUGUGGUCAGAUCCCUUAGAAGACUUUGGAAAUGAAAAGACUCAGGAACAUUUCACUCACAACACAGUCAGGGGGUGCUCAUACUUCUACAGUUACCCUGCUGUAUGCGACUUCUUACAGCAAAAUAACUUAUUAUCUAUACUCCGAGCUCAUGAAGCCCAGGAUGCUGGGUACCGUAUGUACAGGAAAAGCCAGACAACAGGCUUCCCUUCGCUAAUUACAAUUUUUUCAGCACCAAACUAUCUAGAUGUAUACAAUAACAAAGCUGCAGUAUUGAAAUAUGAGAACAACGUUAUGAAUAUCAGACAGUUUAACUGUUCCCCUCAUCCAUACUGGCUUCCAAAUUUCAUGGAUGUUUUUACCUGGUCCUUGCCAUUUGUUGGUGAGAAAGUGACAGAAAUGCUGGUCAACGUGCUAAACAUUUGCUCAGAUGAUGAACUUGGAACGGAGGAAGAUGGCUUUGAUGAAGAUCCUAUGUAUGCACAGAAGAAAGGUGCAACAGCUGCAGCUCGGAAAGAAGUGAUACGGAACAAGAUCCGGGCAAUAGGCAAAAUGGCUCGCGUAUUCUCUGUGCUGAGGGAAGAGAGUGAGAGUGUGCUGACACUGAAAGGGCUGACUCCAACAGGAAUGUUGCCCAGUGGGGUGCUCUCCGGAGGAAAACAAACUCUGCAAAGCGCUACUGUUGAGGCUAUUGAGGCUGAUGAAGCUAUCAAAGGAUUCUCACCACAGCAUAAGAUCACGAGCUUCGAAGAAGCCAAAGGCUUGGAUCGGAUUAAUGAGAGGAUGCCUCCACGCAGGGAUGCCAUGCCAUCGGACGCCAACCUUAACUCCAUCAACAAGGCAAUCUCCUCAGAGACUAAUGGCACCGACAGUAAUGGCAGUAAUAGCAGCAAUAUUCAGUGACCGUUUCUGAGUUGUGAAAUAUUUUUUUUGUUUUUGUUUUUGAGCUGCAGGGCAUGAUGGGAUUGCUGCUCAUCAGCAGUUGGAUGUUCUUGCCUCUGAUGAUAGCUUACUUGCUCUGGGGGCCAGGUGUUGGAUUCAGUUUACAAUAUCAUCAUCUAUGAAGAGAUAGUAAACUUUAUUUUGGUGGGUGGGGGGUGGGGGUUAAACACCUCCUUUGGAUAUGCCUUUAAAUGCUUGUAGACAACUAAAUGAAAGCUAAUGCUGGUAUAUAUUGCAAAGUUAGGGGAAUGAACAUGUUUUCCUACUGCAUUGGAAACUUCUAGAUAUGUUAACUGAAAGGCCUUCUAUUAUGUUACUGGACAUGACAACUUUGUCUGAUUUCUUACUGACUAUUGUACGUUUACAGUUGCAGCACUAAACAUGGACAACAACAAACAUUUUUAACAAAGUGAUGUACAAACUAAAUAAGGAGACUAUUUAUUGAUAAUGUUUUGCUACUCUUGUCAGACGACGGCUAUCUUAAAAAAAUUAGGCACUCUUAAAAAUUAAAGAAUGUUGCAAAUUUGUUAAAAAUGCCAAAAAAAGACAAUUUAAUUUUGUACAGAUUAUGCUUACCUCAGGUUUCUUUAGUGUGCUUGA